AUGACUGCGUUGUCAAUCAUUCCUUGGCGAAGAUCAAGUAAACAGCUUUUGAAGGUAACUGUGAUCAGGCGUUUUGGUUUGGGAAUUUCGAAGAUGAUGCGAAAAGACGAAGUCGCGGCCAUGCGAAUUGAUUACAAAACGCCUGUGUUUGACGAGAGUGGUCUCGUGGCGAAAGAACCGUUUAUGCAAUUCGACUCUUGGUUUAAAGAAGCUACAACAGCAGAAGGUGUUGGGGAAGCAAAUGCAAUGGUUCUUUCUACAUGUGGAAGGUAAGUUACAUCCUUUUGGAUGAAGAGGGAAAACGUCUGACAGAAGCAACACGAGAAAUGCCAGUGUUAAAAACAAAGAUAAGCUUAAUGAUAAAAGCUUACAUGUUAAAAGUUCGAAAAGGUGUUAUUUCGGAGUUAACCAACAAUCCUAGUCAAACUGAUGCUAAAACCAUCAAAGUGUUUCAUUCGUGGGUAAUCAUGUUUGUGUAGAGUUGUAUUGUGGCAUUAUUGUCGCUGAUACGGUUUGAUGAUUGAUUAUUUAAUCACCCAAGAAAUGGCCCAGUCGCUUGAAGAGUUUUACAUACUGCCAGAAUUAUUAAAGGACCAUUGAACCAAGUUCGACAUGUAUUGCAUGGCCAUGGCACUUAACUUCAUCAGAUUUUCCAGCCUGCGAGCAAGUUCUCCGGAAAGAUCGCUCGCGGGCUGGAGAUUUCCAUUUUUUCUAUAAUUAUUGGGACUUUGUUGAGUCUUUGAAUUUGUAGUAAAAUAUGUAACCAAGCUUUCAGGAAGAUGUUUGCAGGUGGCUGUAAUAAUCCUUGUAUUGUCUACGAUAUACAAGGCAUUGUCUACGAAAGACUGAAAAAAUCAGCAGCAUUAUGCAAAGUUCUGACAUUUUAGAUCACUCUGAGCAGCCCAGCUACAUGUACCCUCCUACAUGUACUUGUGAUGCCAUCCUGUCAAUUUGUGGGGGAAAGACAGGAGUAUAUGGUGGCCAGCUGAUGAUGAAUAAUUGAUGGCAUUGUAACACAUAAACUUUCUCUCCAGCUAGUGCAUGAUGCUGGUCACUUGUCAGGGAGGGACUUAAAUUCAGGGUCCCCAACCAACCAUGUUGCUCAUCUUUCCCUUGUCCCUGGUACAGACUGUAUGUCAUCAGCUUAUCCCCCUUCUCCCCUCUCUGAAGGGGCCUCUUGACAGCUGUAGGUCCAAGGACAGAUCCAGAAAAUUCAGAAAGGGGUGGCUAGCACACUUGCCCACUUGCCUGCUAUAUAGAUACUUUUUAUUUUUCCGAGAAUUCUGUAAAAAAUAUCAAAGAAAAAGGGGUGGCUGUGGCCCCCUCGGCCAAGUCCCCUAAAUCCACCCUGGAGGUCAUAGGAAGCCUGGGGAGAGGGAAGAAAGAAAGUGCAUGGGGAACAAUAGGAAGAGAAAAAUUAAGAUGGAAUCCAUCAGCAGAUUCAGUUAUUUUAAUUUUCAGUAGACAAAAACCUUGUACCAGAAUAAUUUAAGCAAUAUUGCAUUCUUUUUUACAUUUUUCAAGAGCUAUAGAUGUAGUUAGGUAUCUGUAUAAUAACACCAAAGAAAAUUUCUUAUGAGAGCCUGAGGAAAUAAAUGUCAAAUUUCACAAAAUGACACCUUACACUUGAAAUUUUCAGAAUUUUGUCUGUGUUUUCACAAUUCUUGUGAAAUUUGGCAUUUAUUUUCUCGGGCUCCCAUGAGAAUUAAUAGUCUUUGGUGUUAUUACAGAUAACUUAAUUAUAUUAAUAGCCCUUGAAAAAAGAAUAAAAAGAGUAAAAAAGAAUGCAAUAUUUUUUAAAUUAUCCUGGUACAAGGUCUUAAUGGACAAAGAGAGGCCUUUUCCCUCUUUGCAUUGUCCACCACACAAUUGCUAUUUUUUGAUUAUUGCUAUUUUUAUUGGAAUACCCAGUGGGUGCCUCUGUGGAAGAGAGAGUAUCCCCAUCUUCUCCCUAUAUCUCAUACAUGUAGCUUGUUAACAUGUGACUCGUAAAAACUGCAUAAUUAUAAAUAACUGCAUCAUUUUUUUGCACUCUUUCAGAGACUGCCGGCCAAGGGCAAGAGUUGUUUUGCUUAAAGGAUACGAUAAGACAGGAUUCACAUUUUUUACCAAUUAUGAAAGCAAGAAGGGCGAGCAGUUGGUGAGUAUUGAAACCAUGAUAAGUUGAAGUGCUUGUUUUAUACAGUAAGUUACCUACUAUUCUUGAGUCAAAAACACCAAAUUUUUAUUGUGAGGAAUACAGGCUGUAGUAUAGCUGACCAUAAUAUUAUGUGACCUGGAAAGUGUAAACAGACACUUAGGGUUUUCCCUUCAACAGGCAGGAAAGAAAUGGAUCGAUGUAAACAAAAUUUUUCAUUAAACAGUAAAGUGUCAGUGUCCAUUUUUGCUGUCCAGGUCACUUACAUGUGUAUUGGAGGAUGUCAGAAGAUUUGAAUUUUCGUCUUUCUCAAAAUAUUUGGUUUGAGUUUAUUAUUUAACUAAAUAAAUUUGUUUUAAAAAAUGCCCCAUGCUUAAGGCUCAAAUUUUCCUGGAAGGUGUAUGUAUGUAUAUUAAAAAGGGUAAAGAAGUGAAAAAAGGUAAAAAAAAAAAACAGUAAAUGUAAUUAUAUUAAAAAGGGUCAGAAAAUAUACAUAUAAAAAAAAUGGGAAAGCCAUCUAAGCCAGCAUAACCUUCCUUUAUAAAAUUACAAUAGUUCUGUUUGAAUGCAGUUGUGGAAAGUUGAACCUGAAAAAAUUCAUGCAGGCAUUCAUGCUAGGAUUCUACCCUGACCUCAUCAAUGUUCCACAGUGCAUCGCUUUAACCAGUUGAACUAGCAAGCCAACUGGGAGCUGGUCAUUAAAUUGGUUUGUAAUAAUUAUACCAGGGAAAGAAGGGAAAGAUGAAGAUUAAAUAAUGAAUAUAUGAAUUUCAUCACUGGAACUGUAGAAUGCAAAGAAGGUCCAACUUGUAGUGAAAGAUGCAACUUAUGCAGUUGCAAAAACAAAACUUUCCCCGACCGGUAUAAUAGACCUUUUUACCGAUACAGCGGCCAUAUUGAAUUAAUUCGAUUUAAGGAGUAUUAUAGGAUGCCCAGGGGGCAUGAGCACAUUUCGUUUGUAUUUUCGAGCCCUUUUCGGAACAUUUUUUCUUAAAGUUUUCUUAGAAUAAGAUUGUAAUGGGAAAAAAGAUCCUUUUGCCGUGUUUUGAUGUAUUAAUGAUCGCCUUUUUCCCGAGAAAUAUACAGUGAAAGACCAUAUUUUUAUUACUAAACUAGAAAAAGGCGAUCAUUAUUACAUCCAAACACGGCACAGAGAUCUUUUUUCCCAUUACAAUCUUAUUCUAUGAAAACUUUAAGAAAAAAUGUUCCGAAAAGCGCUUGAAAAUACAAACGAAAUGUGCUCAUGCCCCGGGCCUGGGCAUCCUACAAUACUCCAGGUUAAAUCGAAUUAAUUCAAUAUGGCCACCAUAUCGGUAAAAAGGUCUAUUAUUACGAACCAAUUUAAUGAACAGGUUUAGUUGGUUUAUUUAUUAUAUAUAUAGCUCCAUUGGUUACUGAGCACUGCACUAGCAUUGCAGAAGUCAGGAUUUGAAUCCCAGCUAGUUUGAAUAUUUAUUUUCAGCCUUUUUUUUUCAACUGCUUAAUUUGCAUCUUCUUUUCAUUAUUUUCUUCAUUCUGCUGUGAGUCCCAAUAAGUGAAAUUCAUAUUAAUAAAAACUAUUCAUUAUUUAUUGUUAAUAUCCUAUCCAUUACUGAAUUGUUUCAGAAGGAAAACCCCUAUGCCUGCUUAUUGUUUUACUGGCAUCCAUUGCAUCGGCAGGUAUUCUAUUAUUCUGUUUAAUUAUUAUUUUAACAAGAAUGUGUGGUGCAUGCAAAAUUCACUACACUGUUCAUAGGCUUUCUAUUGAUUUUCUUAAUGGAAACUAUUAAAAACAGAAAGUACAAGAGCGAUUGCAGUGAAAUAAAGGGGCCAUGGGAAAGUGAAACAAAUUCUCACUCCUCAACCCCACCGAGGGCAUAGUCGCCUUAAAGCUAUAAAGCCUGGGCUUAACAAAAAAUUGGGUUAAAAUAAGCUUAUGUAAUUACUUGGCGACUGUAAUUAACAAUUAUUCUAUGAGUGCGCGUUGGAUUUAAGAUGGUAGAUAGCCAACGGGGUGCACAGCGCCGAGUUGGCUAUAAUCAUCCCAUAUCCAACAAGCGCAAGUGGAAUAAUUGUUUUAUUAAAACAUACCUGCCAAGUGUCAUGCCAAUGGUGUGACUGUCACGGCUGCAGAUCGAAAACUUCAAUCCCAUGCGUACUCACACCUGUCCUCCAAUUUCUCAUGCCUGGUAGAAAUGUUUGAGCCAUUACAGCAUUAACUGACAUAUAUAUUUCAAAAAAUGUAAUAUUAAUUAUUAACUGGAACCUCAUGCAUGAGAGAAAAGGUAAGUCCAUGUGAAUGAUGGACUUUCUCUGAAUUCUCUCAUUUUAGUAAGGAAAGUCACUGGAGAUAAGGUCAUUUUCCUGCCUGUUCCCAUGUUCAUGUUAGAUGGAACUCUACGGAAAUCCUUUGAAACGUCUUCGGACCCCUAUGAAAAAUCCUGGCAGUCUCUCAGGAUAAAAAUGUCACACGUAUAAAUUUAAAAAAAGUUGGCAGGUUUUUAAAAAACAACCACAAAAUAUCGAGAAUUCUUCCCGACUUUAUUUGUAAAAACAACUGGGCCAAGUUGUUUAAAGUUGGGUUAAGAUAACCCAGGGUAAGUGCGAGGUUUGCAUUCAGAUUUGAAAGCUUAAUUAAAAAGCAUUUCAGUUUUAAUUCUUUUUGUCUACAAGUUGAUGAUUGUAUAGCUCUAAAAUUAACAGGAAAAAUUACCGGAGAAAAUGCUUUUGAACGCACAAUGUAGCGCUAAUCGGCCUUCAAACAACUAAGCCCUGGUUUUCAGCUCGUUUUUACUUUGAGCAGAUGCAUACAGUUACCACACAUGUAUCAAUUGAGAGUAUGGUAUAUUGGCUCAUAUACCAUGAUGGCUAAGCCAAUCAGAGCCUUACAAUUGAACUUGGCUUGCUACUAUGUUUUAUGUCCCUUAUUUGAGUAACAAUAAGCUGAGGGACUUCAGCCAAUCAGAAAGAGGGAAAUAUUUUGGUUGCAUAACAAUACAUGUCGUUACAUUCUAUGUAUGUAUACUAAAAUACUUUUUUUAUGUUAGUUUUCAUUUUUAUUCCUAUCACCAGUUUGUAUCUCUCAUUCCUUCCUUUUUAGGUGAGAGUGGAAGGGCGAGUUGAAAAACUGUCUAAUGAAGAAAGUGAACAGUAUUUUCAUUCUCGUCCUCGGCCCAGUCAAAUAGGAGCAAUAGUCAGUAAACAGAGCUCAGUUAUCGAGAAUAGACAGGUAUGGCCUCAAUGAAGUUUCAAGUGUUCCUUUCAUUAGCUAAAGCACUCCUGUUUAGUUUGCAAUUACUUUGCAUUUGUCAGAGAAUAAAAAUGAAUUUGCAUACGUAAGGAGAAUCCAUGUGUUAUAUAUCCCCUUAUCGGAGACACAGCGGAUGUCAGCCAGGCUGGGAGAAAACGUUAGUUGCACCGUUGCAAUGCUGCUGCAAUUGCCCAUGGGUUGCUUGGGAUGGUGUUUACCUCAAACAGCACCUCAAAAAUUAUCACCCUUAUUAAAAAACAUUAUGAACAGAGACAGGAAUAAUUAUUUGCACCUUCCUACAGUAGUAAUAUUUCACAGUAUAUGAUGUACACCUGUAUGUGCUACUGUAUGUACAAGUAGACUAUUUGUUCCAUGUUGAUGUUUUUAAUAAAAUGGAUUUAUUUUGUAGGCUUUGGAAGAAAAGGAGAAUCAACUUAAGCAAGAAUAUGCUGAUGAAGGAAAACCAAUUCCUAAACCUGAAAAUUGGUGGGUGAUACAUAUUUUAUAGAAUUUCUAUUUAUUAAUGUUCUUAAAUCACAACCCAAAAGAAAUUCUGAAUGGGAUGUUUUGGGGGUUAAUUUUUGGCCCCAUUCAAUCAUCCCUGUCACUUGAAAUCUGGAGUACCCCCACUUCCCCGGAUACAGUAACUAAUCAGGAUUCGGUUCAUCUUGUUUCCUCACAAAACUAUGCCAUAGGCUUUUCCUCUAUUGUUUCAACUGAGUGUUCCACGUGAUAACAAUCCUGUUAAAUAUUACAUGUCUCUGUGUUUUAUUUUAUUUCAGGGGUGGGUUCAAAGUUAUCCCAGAUCAAGUGGAAUUCUGGCAAGGGCAUUCCAACAGACUUCAUGACAGAUUUGUGUUCCGUAAACCUGGAGUGGAUGAAGUUCUUGAUGAGAAUUUAACAAAGAAAGGAAUGGAUGGUUGGGUCUAUGAGAGACUUGCACCAUAG